AUGAAAACCUACAAUGAAAACAAAUCGAUUUCGCCGGAGAUUAUCGGAGAAUUGUGUAUGAACCGAACACUCAUAUCACGAUCGAAUGGGCUCGCCCAGGUAUCACGUGAUCACACCCACCGUGGACUAGCUCGCCCCCUCCGUUGCUGCUCAAAGGGCGUCCAGGGAAGAACGUACGGAUCUGUCUCCUCGGCGUACUCCAAACCAGUCGACGGAUUCACGGGUGCCAUUGGAAAUACCCCGUUGAUACAUCUGAAGCGGUUGUCGGACCUGACCGGCUGUGAGAUCUUCGGCAAGGCAGAGUUUCUGAAUCCCGGAGGAAGCGUCAAGGACCGAGCGGCUCUCUGGAUCAUCAAAGAUGCCGAAGAACGGGGAGUUCUGAGGCGCGGCGGAACUGUGGUCGAAGGGACCGCGGGUAACACUGGGAUUGGGCUGGCACAUCUGUGCAGAAGCAGAGGAUACCGAUGCAUAAUCUACAUGCCUGACACUCAAAGCCCCGAAAAAAUUAAUGUGCUCAGGAAACUGGGCGCCGAGGUCCACCCUGUCCCAGCGGUUCCGUUCGACGAUCCCCAGAAUUACAACCAUCAGGCGGCCCGAUGUGCUGAAAGCAUGGAAAACGCAGUCUGGACCAACCAAUUCGAUAAUCUAGCCAAUCGACAGGCUCACAUCGAGACUACGGGGCCGGAGAUAUGGGAGCAGACGCUACCGGUGGGGGGUGUAGAUGGCUUUAUAUGCUCGACGGGGACAGGCGGCACCUUAGCGGGGGUGACGAGGUACCUGAAAAGCAAAUCGAACGGCAAAGUGAAAUGCUAUCUGGCCGACCCGCCGGGGAGUGUCCUGUACAACUACAUCCAGUCCAACGGGCAAGUAACGGACAAGCGGGAGGGCGGGAACGGCAGCGUUACCGAGGGGAUCGGGCAGGGUCGAGUGACGAGUAAUCUGGCCCCGGAGGUCCGGGAUCGCCUGAUCGACGGGGCCUUCUACAUCCCCGACCAAGACUCGAUCGCCUUGUUUUACGAGCUCAUCGAUCGGGACGGGUUCAGCUUGGGCCUGAGCUCGGCGUUGAACUUGCUCGCGACCGUCAAGCUGGCCGAGAAACUCAAGCACGACCUGCCCAUCGCCGGCCCCCACGCCCCCAGGAAACUCAACUUGGUCACUAUCCUCUGCGACUAUUCGACUAAUUAUCAGUCCAAGUUGUUCUCCAAGUCUUGGCUUAAAUCCAAAGGCUUGUUCGACUCAAUCCCCGAUCGAUUGAAACAGUAUGCCGUCCUCGAGUAA